AUGGAAAUGGUUGCUGAAGCCAUGAUUUCAUGCGGUAGCAUUGGUAUUGCAAAAAACAAAUUGUACAAUAGAAUGGCUGAAUAUUUACAAAAGAGAAUUGUCUACUUUGAGAACCAAAAUUUGGUUUGCAGAAUUUUUGAUGCUCUGAGUCUCGUAAAUGUUCCACAGUAUGGACUUUACAAUCAGGUUGUUACUCUGGCGGAAUGUAUACCAAAUUGGCUGCACUUGAAACACCUCAUUUCUAUCGCAAGGUCCGGAGUAAAGGUUGGUAUUGUGGACGACAGAAUCUUUCGUUGCAUUGUCUUCAAGGCAAAGGAUAUCCCCGAAUGUACAGCAGAAGAGCUUGUCCCAGUUGUUAAACUAUCGCAUAAUUUCGCCAGCAGCCUGGCCAGAGAUGAAGAUGGGCUAAAGAGAUGGUACAAAUUUUUGUUUACCAUUUUAGAGAGCCUGGAUGAAAGAUCUAGCGUGGAUAUAGAGAAUUUGAUGGAGUUAUUAGAAGGUCUGGUAACGAUUCAAGUCAAAACUGCACAAAUUGAACAACUUUCUGCCCGGAUACUACAAGGGGCUGAGGAUGUCAACAUUUGCAAGAUUACAGCUCUUUUUGGUAUACUAGGAAAGGUAGAGUCUGAGGCUCUCUUUGGCACACUAGAACGAAUAAUUGAUGAGAGUAUACAGUCGCUAGAUGGUAACCAGUGCUCAUGUCUAAUUUGGGACAUGAUAGCCAUUGGAUUCCCCUACAACUCUCUGGUUCUCAGCAAAGUUGUCCAGAGAUUUAACCAACUAAAGCCGAAAAACAAUGAACAUCUUCUCUCGAUUAUAUCAACAAUGAUAAAGUUCAAUGCAAGGGGAAAUCCGGGGGAAAUGCUGGGUAAGCACUGGAGGGAAUUUCUCAAGAUUACGCAAGACUACAAGGACGUUUCAUGGCACAGAGAGUCUGAGGACGUGGAAAUCAUCAAGGGCGUUGCUAGGGGAAUACAAGGAGCCCAGACUUUUGUCAGGGAAUUUCCAUACACUGUCGACAUUUCUAUACCAGUAGAGGAACUUGGAGGAUUCUCUGGCGGUGGAAGACACGCUAGUGGAACUUUUGGUGUCGUAAUUCCGGUAGAAGGUCAAGCAGGAGCUCUGGAAGAAGCGCUAGACACCGGACCUUCUCCACAAGAGCUCCGCUCUAGCCCCUAUUCUGCACCUGCUGACAGCCAUUCUAAUGCACCUGUGGAAUCUUCGUCUUAUGAUCCGUUGGGAUGUGUAGAGCGGAAAUCUGAAGGUGCCAAGGAAGGCCAAAAAAUCGCUCUCUUUUUCUACCGCCGUGACCAGAACCCAUUCGUCAUCACAAUCCGCCCAGACGGAAGCCACGAGCGCAGGUUCAACUUUUACAAUCAGACCAGGUAA